AUUACUUUUCUCCUCCACUCUCGCCCGCCGGGUAACGGUCACUUCUUCUCCUUCUGGAAACUUCUGAUUAAAUCCGGAAUUCACUCCGGCGGAAUUGUCUCGCUGGUUCUGAGAGUGAGGUAGCUGGUUUUGAUUAUUGUGGAUUUGAGAACAGAGGAUUGAGGCUUGGGAAGUGAGCUUAAAGAAUGAGAUUGGAAUUGAAUUUGGAGUGUACGCGAUGGUAGCUGCAGUGUCGGAGACGAUAAACCCCAAAGCGCAGGGCCUGGCGGCGCAACCGAACUCUAAAAGGCCUCCUCUGUUGCCUUCCGACCCUGACAAUGCUAUCAAUCCCCGCCGGCCGAAGUCUCGAGACGUUAGCUCUCGGUACUUGUCUACCUCGUCUUCUACCUCUUCUUCUUCGUCAAUGUCUUCAUCAUCGUCUGUGAAACGCUGUCCUUCGCCCGUGGUUUCGAGGAACGGUCAUUCGACGGCUAUGGCGACCCCGAUGCGUGCGGUUCCUUCUGCAAUUAAACGGUCUCAGUCCACGGAACGGAGGCGGGCGGUAACUCCUCGCUCUAAUUCUCUUGAUUUGAGAACGGUUAGCAAGAGCAAUGGUGAAUUGACCGAGGCACAGAAGUUGCUCUUCACUUCGACGAGAAGUUUGUCGGUCUCGUUUCAGGGAGAGUCGUUUUCGAUUAAAGUGAGCAAGGCGAAGCCGGCGCCGUCUCCAAGUGUUGCUAGAAAAGGCACGCCGGAGAGGCGAAAGCAGGCAACAACUACGCCUGGGAGAGAUGGUGAUCAGACGGAGAAUUCGAAGGUGGAGAGGUGGCCGGGGAGCUUCCGAGGAUCGAAUUCGAUGAAUAAAAGUGUGGAUUGCACCGACGAUAGAAGGAAAUUGGGUGGAUCUGGCAGCAGCAAUGUGGUUAGGGCAUUACAGAACUCGAUCGAUACUCAGAAUUCACUGGACUCGAGGUUGAGCUCAGCUUCAGUCAAUGCUGAUAAGCGGAAGGAAGAGGAGAGUGCUGUUCAGAUUGUUGGAUCCAAUUCGCAGUGUGAUCCUGUAGUUUCUGACACUGAGAGUGUGUCCUCUGGCAGUACUUCUGGAGCCCAAGAGGGUAACUGUAAUGGUAAUGGAGUGGGGAAGCCUGGAGGCCGGCUGAUUACGGUUCCGGCAAGAUUCUGGCAGGAGAGUAAUAGCAGGUUCCUGCGCCAUCCCGAUCCAGGCUCACCUGUGUCUAAGAAAACUGUGGUUCCAGCUAAGCUUAUUGCGCCGAAGAAGGUUGGACUUGAAAGUCCUCAGUCGUCUCUAAAAGGUGUUGUGAACAGUCGGGGGCAGAUAUCGCCUAUUCGAGGGCCAGCCCGGCCUCCUUCGCCAAAUAAGCUUGGGCCACCAUUAAGUCCAUCGCCAUUGAGGGGACUGAGCCCGUCUAGGGUGAGAAAUGGUGUGAUGGGUGGGUUGAGUAGUAAUGUGGAAAACACCACGUCCUUUUUAAGUUUUGCUGCAGAUGUUAAGAGGGGGAAGGUUGGCGAGAAUAGGAUCUUUGAUGCUCAUCUGUUGAGGCUUUUCCAUAACAGGCUGUUGCAGUGGCGUUUUAUAAAUGCCAAAGCUGAUGCUGCUCUCUCUGCCCAGAGGUUGACUGCAGAGCAAAGUCUACAUAAUGCAUGGAUAUCAACCUCAAACUUACGAGAAUCGGUUAGAGCCAAAAGAAUUGAGUUACAACUGCUGAGGCAAAACUUGAAGCUGCUGUCUGUCCUCAAGGGGCAAAUGGUUUAUUUAGAAGAAUGGGCUCUUCUGGAUGGCAAUUUUUCUAGUUCUUUGUUAGGAGCUACUGAAGCUUUGAGGGCUAGCACACUUCGCCUUCCAGUUGUUGGUGGGGCAAGGACUGACAUCAGAAAGUUGAAUGAUGCAAUUUGUUCAGCAAUUCAUGUGAUGCAGACAAUGGCAUCCUCAGUUUGCUCUUUGAUGUCGAAGGUUGGGGAAGUAAACUCUUUGUUGGUUGAACUGGAAAAUAUAAGUGCAAAUGAGCGUGCUUUGCUUGAUCAGUGCAAGGAUCUCUUGUCGUCAAUUGCAGCUAUGCAGGUGACUGAAUGUAGCCUGAGAACACAUAUUUUACAACUACAACGUUUACCUUGAGCCUGACAACACAAAUGUAAAACUCAUAUCACACAAUCACCUUCGUCUAAUACUAACAUGAGUACAUAACAUCAAUGCCCCCUUUUUGUUUCUCCUUUCCUCAUAUUAUGAUGCUGGAGUUAAUAAGAAAGUGUUGAUUGAUUGGUAGGAUACUACAAGUACAAGAGUUGUCAUCUGGUCUUUCUUAUACUAGGAAUUUAGCUGUAUGAUGUGUGAGUAGCAUGCAAUGCAUAGAUGGCAGGAAUUUAUUCUAAAUCUGAGAUUAGAUAGUAUAUAGGUAACUUUUUAUAUAUGCCGGGGGGGAAGAUUGUGUAAAUAUGUGUAAUGAUAUGAUCAAUUCUUCUUAAUCAAUGUUUCACAAUAAG